GUACAAGAAUCAGCUACUUGAACAAAGAAAACGACAGGAGAACUUCCAUUGCUACUACAACAAAAAAAUCACCAUUUGCCACUCGCAUUGCUACUCCAUCCACAACAAGACCUAUUUUCGAUCGUACAACAACUACUGCUCCAACAAAUUCACCAUAUGUCACUCGUAAUAAUACUGCAUUAACAUAUUCACCACCAUUUGAUACUUUUAUUAAUCGUACUGUUGCUGUUUCAACCAAAUCACCACCUGUCACUCGUCGUGCUUCUUAUAUACCUACAACAAAAUUGCCAGUUAUCACCUAUUCAACAAAUUCACCCUUACCAUCUAGUCGUAUUAAGAUUGAUAAUAUCUCACUCAGUCCCAAAAAACGUAAAAAGGUCGUUUAUGAUGAUGAUAGGAGCCCACGCAAUGUUCGUCCAAAGAAAUUUGAGAGUUUUGUAAAUCAAAUUUGGGAACAAAAUCAAGAAAUGAUCAUGAAAACUCAAAAAUUAGAAAAAAAAAUUCAACAAAAUCGGAUAAGCCCCAAGCAACUAAGUGAAUGCCAUCAUAAACGUUAUUUUAUUGUUGCAAAAUUAAAAUAG